UCGUAAAGCGCCAAUGUUGUGGUCGGAAAUCUGACCAGUCGUCCUCUGAGCUGAGCUUUCAGUCGCCCUUCAACCAGCACAGAGAGCGUGCGUUUCCCGGCUGAAACAGACACUGGCCUAACGCUCAACCAUGGCAGGCACUAUUGCACGGAAAGCCAUUGACCACCUGAGGAGCAAAGAGUUCCGGGAUUAUUUGACGAGCACGCAUUUCUGGGGUCCUGUAGCAAACUGGGGCCUUCCAAUAGCUGCCAUCACAGAUAUGAAGAAGAGCCCUGAAAUCAUCAGUGGCAGGAUGACCUUCGCUCUGUGCUGUUACUCGCUGCUCUUCAUGAGGUUCGCGUACAAGGUGCAGCCGCGCAACUGGCUACUGUUUGCCUGCCACCUGACCAACGAGUCAGCGCAACUUAUUCAGGCUAGUCGUCUCAUCAAGUUUAACAUGGAGAAGAAGGUCGCCUCUUAGUGGCAGAUGGAGGCUGAAGCAGACCGCUGGCUGCUUCAGCAGGCACCUAAACCAGGACAUCAAAACUCAUGCAUCUAAACACCCAUCUUAUCCAAUCAGUGAAAAAGCAGCACUUACAGCAUUUUUUUUUUAACGCCAUGUUACCACAGUUGAUCACUCUGAUUAAGUUUUAGUCACUUUACUACACAGACAGAAAUAAAAGAAGAUGCUUCCUUCCUAGAAAUAAGGUCAACUUCGACACACAGGUACAGAACGUGGGAGAAUGUACGCUCAGCUAACCAGCCUGACGGAUGUUUCGCACGCAGGAUCCAGUGGCUGUUGCACAGAGUCGGCUCCAGCAAUCAUUAUUGGUUAAUCAUCUCAUUUCAGGUCAUUGGCAUCAGUAUUUUUCUCACAACGUAACCUGCUUAGGAAUUUAAGUCAGUGAUAUUUUGUGGAGAGCUGUGGUUGAGGUCAGGGUGUGCAAAUAUGUCCACGCUGUAGCGGAGUAUCAGUAGCUAAGUGCGCAUAUAGACUUUCAGUCAUUAACCUUUACUUAAACAGAGAGAACGCACAGAGUUAAGCUGUGUGUUUGCUGUAUCCUGGAGCAAGAUGUACUCUGUAUGUUUGAGUAUGUGUAAGGAUCAUGUUGGGCAGGGUAUUAAACAAUAAAACAAAUAACUUUAAUUCAACAAAUGUUUAAAUUAAACAAAUUAAAUAUUGAUAUGUGGUAAAACUGCCCCGUGUUAUAAAUCAUUAGAAUUACAUUUCAAGCUGGGACUGUCGAGGUAAUUUUCCUGAAUGACCGAGCAAGACGGACUGCUGCUGUCGGUGCUGACCAAACACGUACCGUGUGCUGUUGUAAAAUAUCAUUCACAGUAAUUUAUUGUAUAAUCCAACUUAUGUUCCCUGAUUAAUGUUUGGAAUCUUUGGGUUUGUUAAAAUAAACUGGCUGUAACACACUUGA